AUGGAAUUCAGAGAGUUCGCAAGAGAAUACGGACUUGAACAUACCACGUCAAGCCCAUACAAUGCUCAAGCUAACGGCCAAGUUGAGCGUAUGGUCCAAACAGUUAAAAGACUACUGAUAAAGGCUAAAGACCCAUAUCUAGCUUUGCUGGAGUACAGGAAUUCGAAAAUCGAUGGUGUCGAGAUGUCACCAGCACAGAUGUUCUUCGGACGUCGUCUUAAGUCACCAUUGCUUACUACAACACCACUUCUGAUGUCAAAUCGGAACAAUGUGUGUACAUAUGCUGGUCUGAAAUUACGUCGAGCCAGACAGCAGGAAAACUUCAACAAACAUGCUCAACAAACACCACUCAAACAACUUGAUCCAGGAGAUCGCGUUAUGGUGAACAAGCCUAAGAAAGGAACCUGGGAACCGGGGACCGUGGUUCGACGCCAUGAUACCCCACGUUCAUACGUUGUUGACAGCAAAGGAAGACGGUAUCGAGGGAACAGAUGGUUUCUUAAACCCGUGCCAACUUAUCGGAUAACCCUUCGUGUGACAGUUAUGUGA